AUGGCAAGUGAGAAGAACAAGGUAAAGCGAAAAGGAAAUGAUGAAAACGACGACGACAGAAUCAAAAAGAAAAACAAAACUCCACCUCUUCAGAAGAUUAAAAGAAUCGAACCACCCAUAUCCAUAUCACCUAGUCCUAGUCCAAGCACCAAAUCGUUAACUCCACCGUAUAAGGCUGUUCCGGCACCAUCAACUGCUGAAAGGAAUUUUCCACCAUCCAUACAGCCAAUUCCACCUCAAAGGAAAGCACCUACUUUUAGUCCUCUCAUAUCCUCACCAAUUGCUCCAGCUCUUGUUACAAUACCUCCUGAAAUUUUGCCUAAAACUUCACCUAUCAGUCAACCAAUCGAACAUGGCAGUUUGCCUCCUAAGGUUGAUAAGAGGAAUGAAAGUAAAAGUCACAAUUUAGAACCAGUUUCACCAGGUCCUUUUGUACAACCUCCAGUUGCAUUACCACCGCUUACUCAACUCCAUAACCAAUGA